AUGUUCUCUGCCAGGAAGUGCUCUGGAGUUUUCAGAGCUGCCAGACUGCAUCAUUUGAGAUCCCAUUCUGUAUCCAGAGCCUCUCCAAACUUGACUUUCGUGCCAGCCUGUCUUCCCCCAGAUCCCGUGGAAGUGGAGGAGCUGCAGCACUUUGUUUCUAACUCCAAGAGGCUGUUUGUAAUGACUGGAGCUGGAAUCUCCACGGAGUCAGGGAUCCCCGAUUACCGCUCUGAGGGCGUCGGGCUCUACGCCAGGACAGACAGACGGCCGGUCCAGCACGCCGAGUUCAUCCGCAGCGCCAGUGCCCGGCAGCGCUACUGGGCAAGGAACUUCGUGGGCUGGCCCCAGUUCUCCUCCCACCAGCCAAACGAGGCACACCUGGUACUGAGAGACUGGGAGAAGCUGGGCAAGCUGCACUGGCUGGUGACCCAGAACGUGGAUGCGCUUCACACCAAAGCCGGGAGCCAGCGCAUGACGGAGCUGCACGGCUGCACGCACAGGGUUUUCUGCUUGGCCUGUGGAGACCAAAUCUUGCGUUCUGAGCUCCAGGAGCAUUUUAAAGCUCUGAACCCUACUUGGAAAGCUGAGGCACUUGAUGUGGCUCCGGAUGGGGAUGUCUUCCUGACGGACGAGCAGGUGCGCAGUUUCCAAGUCCCAGCCUGCCAGAAAUGUGGAGGAAUCCUGAAGCCUGAUGUGACCUUCUUUGGAGACACAGUGAGCCAGGAAAAAGUCAGUUUUGUACACCAACGCCUGGCGGAAUCAGACUCCAUGCUGGUAGCAGGAUCCUCUAUGCAGGUGUACUCCGGUUACAGGUUUGCUCUUGCUGCCCGGGAGAAGCAGCUGCCAAUUGCAGUCCUUAACAUUGGGCCCACCAGGUUAGAUCACUUUGCAUCCUUAAAGCUGAAUUCCCGCUGUGGAGAGCUGCUGCCUUUGAUUGUUUGCACAUGA